AUGAGGGGAUCCUCACUGUUUGGGCCUGCGACGGCUGGCUUUGCAGCAGGCCUCCGGCUGUCGAUUUUACUCCUUUCUAGUCUCGCGUCAGCAUUGACUUACCAGUCUGUCUCUGAGCCGGAAUUGGAUCUUUCGCCAUUGGGUCAUAUUGCGCUCACCGGAGACUUCGAUGCAGUUACCUACUACCAAUAUACCGCGCAGACUAACACCUCUACCGGAGACAAUGACGCGCAAGCGCUCUUGACCCCUCUUCCGAACGGAAUACUCACGACGUUAUCGACAUCCAAUGCGGAUAUUCGCGCUAUGUGCCCGUUCACGCAGGAGGAUGGAACGUUUUCAGGUAUCUUUGUGGGAGGCAAUUUCACCAGUCUCGGGGGCGUCAAAACGGAAGGUGUCGCAAUAUAUCAUCCGUCUACAAACGAAGUCACCUCGGUAUCCGGCCUUUCAGGUUCAGUGUCCGCCCUGCUGUGUGAUCAGGAAACCAAUAGUGUGUAUGUUGGCGGAAACUUUUCGUAUUACAACACCUCAAACGCCGUGGCCUGGGUCGGCACUAAAGGCUGGUCUAACCUGACCUUUGGUGGCUUCAAUGGUCCAGUCACGUCGAUCCUGAAGGACAGCGAUGGUCACAUUGUAUUUGGAGGCUCUUUCGAUGGUAUUGGCAACUCUACGUCAAGCAAAAACGGCGAACAGGUUAUCAAUCUUCAGAACGCCACGAUUACUUCUGAUGCAAAUUCCUCAACCACGGGUUUUGUUGACCCUCGCAACAUCAUCUGUCAAUCGAGCGGCAAGGACGGCGCAGGGAAGACAUGGUUGCUGGAUGACUAUUCUCCCGGGUACUGGCGCGCCGAUAUGCAAUUCGAAUACACGCCUACCAAACUUAGACUGUAUAAUACACACUACGAAGGACGCGGCACGAAGACGUUCUUGUUCAGACGCUUACCCGACAACGGAAUCAUGAACUUGACGUACACGGAUCCUGAUACGGGCAAAGCCGCCUACUGCGACCAGAGUUGCUCGCUUUCGAGCAACGCGACUGAAAAGUAUCGGGAAUUUACGUUUGUCAACCAAGCAGCGAUGAGCGGGUUUGAGAUCGAGAUCCUGAGUUGGUACGGCAAAGGUGCUGGUCUAAACGGCAUAGAGCUUCUCGAAGACGACAUCUUCGCUUACGCCAUCAAUGCUUUCAACGAACCAACAUGUGCAAACUCCAGCUACCCAUCCAAGUCAACGCGCACUGGAUCCUGGUCAGCGACAGCUUCUGGUCAAAGUUCCUCGGCAUAUUUGACGGCGAACGUCACGAAUUCAAAUGCGACUGAUGCUUCGGUUAUCUUCGAACCUGACGUCAAGCACUCAGGCAAUUACUCUAUCAAGUUAUAUACACCGGGAUGCGACCAGGACGAUACUUGCAGUUCCCGCGGUAUCGUCAACGUGACGAUAACUGCCACAAGCGAUUCUUCCGAUCCCGUUCAAACUCUCAUCUACCAGACCAAUGAUUAUGAGAAAUACGAUACGAUUUACACCGGCCAUGUGGAUGCAAGUGAUAGCUCGUUUCGUCCCCGUGUCAAGCUCACUCCAGUAGCCAAUCAAGGUGACAUCACUGUGGUUGCGUCUCGAGUUCAGUUUGUCCCAAUUUCGGUGUCUGGCACUUCGGACGAUCAACUGAAUGGAUUGUAUGAAUAUAACCCGACUACAAAGCAGGGCCUAAAUGUUUCCGCGUCGGCCAUCGAUCAAGCAGGCCUUGCUUUGGACUCGGAAGCGACAAUCACGAGUUUGGCCAGUCAUGGCAGUACCAUUUAUGUUGGAGGAAAUUUCUCCAGUUCCAGUAUCAACAAUAUCAUGUACGUUGAACAAGAUGGAAACGCCACUGCAAUGGCCAAGGGGGGCUUGAAUGCCGGUGUCAGCAGCAUGACGGUACUGAACGAUGUCCUCUACGUUGGCGGAAACUUCACAGAUACGUCCGACGGUGGAAAUGACGGUCUGAGUUACGUGGCAGCAUACUCAUUGGACACAAAGACAUGGUCUGCCUUAGGAGGAGGCCUCAAUGGUCGAGUCAGUAGCGUGGUUUCCCUGUCGCUGAACGUUUCUGCCGACCUUAACGAAACAUUUGUGCUCGUCAGCGGGGACUUUAAUCAGUUGAUGGGCUUCGAACAGACGUCGUCAACGAACGUCUCUGGAUUUGCUGUCUGGGUUCCGUCUCGCAAGAACUGGUUGCAAAACCUGAAUGUCAGUCAGUUGGAGUUCGCUGGGCAAUUGUCCGCUUACGCCAAGGUUGACAACACCACAAUUCUAGCGGGGAGCCUGUCCACUGGCGGUCUUGCUGCCGCUGGGGCUGUUGCUCUCCUCUAUGACAAUGAUCUUGGAUUGGAGGCACUGCUGUCUGAUCGCAACACGACUGGUGAGACUUUUACAGGUAUAUUCGACACAAGCUCUAGCCGGAAUCGCACUAUUCUAGGAGGUCAUUUCUCUACCAAUGCUACAAAUGGAUCGGUAAUCGAGAAUUUUGCAAUUUUCGACGGCAGCGAUGGCAGCAUUAGCGGAAUGAGAUCAGGUGUCGACAGCAACUCUACCUUCCUGACUUUCAUGAUCUCCGACGAGGUCCUCUAUGCGGGUGGUAAUAUUACUGGCAAGGUGGGCGACUCAACCUUGAAUGGCUUCGUCUUGUACAAUCUCAACAACGAUACCUUUGUCAACAACCAACCACCACGGCUCACCGGUAAUGGCGUGUCCGUCAAUGCCAUCGCUGCGCGCCCGAGUGCGAAGGAAAUCUAUUUUGGAGGACAGUUUCAAACCGCGGGUGCGCUUCCUUGCCCCGGUGUCUGUUUCUGGGACACCUCUGCUCAGCAAUGGAAUCGGCCCGGGGCCAGCUUGGAUGGAACAGUGCUGGCCCUUGAGUGGCUCAACAGCAAAGAACUAUUAGUGGUUGGCAACUUGAGUAUCAAUGGAAACCAGACUGCGAUUGCGACAUACAAACCUAAGGGUCAGACCUGGACUGCCUUCUCGGGUGCUUCCUCGUCCGACAUCCCCGGUACCGUCACAGCAUUCACCCCUGCCAAUAGUGCGGUGUCAAAGUUCUGGCUUGGUGGUAGAUACAACAACGGAUCCAGUUUCUUGGCCGCCUACGACGGGUCCAGCUUCCAGUUCGUUCAGAAUACCUUCGACCAAGGGACUAUUAUCCGUGGUCUCGAAAUCCUCCCGCUAUCGAAGAAUCACGAUGCUGUUAGCACUCUCAAUAACGAUCAGGCCCUUCUAGUCACUGGCCAUCUGGUGAUCCCUGAUUUUGGCAAUGCUUCGGCAGCAUUGUAUAACGGAACCACAAUGGCGCCGUUCAUUCUGACCACCAAGUCCGGCGGUGGGGUAGGCAGCAUGUCUCAGGUGUUCUUUGAGAAUAAGAACCCAUACACCAGCGGAGGCAAACACCUCUCCAACGGCAUUGUUGUGCUCAUUUCUUUCUGUUUGGCACUCGGCUGCGUUUUUCUAAUUGUUAUCUGCGGCGUCAUCUUCAACAAGAUUCAGCGUCGUCGCCAGGGCUAUAUGCGGGCUCCGCAGGCCGUGGGUACCGACCGACCAUCCAAUAUGCGGCGACUGCCUCCAGAGUAUCUGUUCAACUCGAUCAAGCAGCCCAACCCAGCCGCCCCAACCAUAUGA